AUGGCAACAAAAGGCACAACCAUCAAGCGCAUCCUCAAAGAAGCCGCCGAAAUCACAACAAACCCCACCCCAGACUUACACGCCGCUCCCUUGGAAGAAAACCUCUUCGAAUGGCACUUUACAAUCCGUGGUCCUCCCGAACCAUCUCCCUUUGCUGGCGGCGUCUACCACGGCCGCAUAAUCCUCCCUCCGGCAUACCCACUACGACCACCUUCUUUCCGUUUUCUCACUCCUUCGGGCCGCUUUGAACCCAAUCGCGAGAUCUGUCUUAGUAUCUCUGGACAUCAUGAAGAGACAUGGCAGCCUGCUUGGGGUAUACGCACCGCCUUAGUCGCCAUAAGGAGUUUUAUGGAUACCGAUGCUGGAGGUCAGGUUGGUGGUAUGAGUUCUCCUGAUAAUGUGAGGAAGCAAUUGGCAGAGAAGAGUAGAGAGUAUUCCUGUGCUGGUUGCGGGAAAGGUGCCUUGGCUGUCUUGGAAGAGCAAGAGGAGAGAUGCAAAGAAUUGGGCAUUGAAGCAACAGCAGAAGAAGAGAAUCCCCUGGUCGGCAAGAUUGGUCUGGUCGAGCCCAAGAAGGAAGGAACCACCACCAAACCUUCAACUCCAGCACCAGCAUUACCUCAGACUGGCGAGACUGUGCCUUCGUCCUCACCAUCACCACCCAUUGUAGCGGCCGCUCAGGAGGUCAAACCUACACCCACAACCCAGCAAUCACAACCACCUCAGAGACAACCCUCUCCUCAAACACAAGCACAACAACCCUCUUCCGCUCAAACACAACAACCACAACUACCGCCUCAACCACCAGCAACCACAACAACAGACGCCUGGAUCGACAAAGCCAUCAUCGGCAUAGUCAUCGCUCUCGUCCUCAUGAUCUUACGCCGCGUCGCUUAG